AUGUCUCAAAUGACGGACAGUGAAUUGUACGAAGAUGUGGAAAAUACACCUCAAAAAAAGAGGGAAAUGAUGCCGAGCUACAGCUAUUAUUUUUCAGACUGCUCAAGCAUAAUAUCCUCAGUAAAAUGCGCAGUAUCAGCAGAUGGCGAGCUGAGUAGAAGCGUGUCGCCGAACUUUGGGACGCUGAGCGCGUCAACAAAUGAAGUAAACACAAGGAAUGAGUAUACAAGCGAUAACCACAUACUUAAUAUGAACGAUACAAUGGUAUACGAAUCUGGAGGACCGAAAUUGGACAUGAGUAUGAAUACAGUGAGCUCGACUAACUGCACAUUCGACCAGGAAGAUGAAUUGGCGUCGGCGUGCGCAGAAAACGAUAACACAAUGAAUAUUCAGAGCAACGAAGAGUUUAUAGAAAGAUACGCAAAUUUUAAUGAGCCAGGAAUGGGAGAAUGUUACCAUAAAUUUAGUAGAUGGUGUAAAAGGUACUCAGGAGGGAACAUAGAGCUGUUUAGAAACAGCCAAAAUAAUAGAAUGAAGACGAUUCUGGAAGAGAAUAACAUGUACAUAGGAGACCUGAAGAGCAAGUACUUUGACGAGUUCCCAAUCAAAGUGUUGUACUCAAAGGGAACGACGCUGACGGACAAUAAGUUCGACGUGGCGUCGCUGAAGCCAGGAGACAUGAUAGUGGACAGGUAUCGCAUAGAAAAAAUCAUAGGAACCACUACGUUCUCGAAAGUGACAAAAGCAACAGACAUGAACAACGAAAAGGAAAUAUGCCUAAAAAUAGUGUUCCCAGACUAUUUUGACCAGGCGCUGGAUGAGAUAGUGCUGCUGAAGCUGCUUAACGCAAAGGACGAAGGAGAUAAAAUGAACAUAGUGAAGCUGUACGACUCGUUCCUGUACUCAGGCUCACUGUUCCUGGUGCUGGAGCUGCUGGGAGAAAAUUUGUUUGAAGCAACGAAGGACUACUACAUUAAGAGCUACAGAGACUUCAUGAACGAGGCGAGGCCGAAAAAGUGGGAGCUGGAAGACCUGAAAAAAAUAUCAUACGACAUACUGAAAGCACUAAACUUCAUACAUAACCUGGGAAUAAUAAACUGCGACCUGAAGCCAGAAAAUAUACUCCUGGUGAAAACAGAAGAAGAAAAGAAAGAAAAAGAAAAGGAGGAAGAAAAGAGGAAAAUGGAUAAAAGUAGGAAGGAGGAAGAAGAAAAUAUGAUAAAGCUGGUGGACUUUGGAUCAAGCUGCUUCAUAAGAGAUAAGCUGAACACGUACGUGCAGAGCAGAUCGUACAGAGCACCCGAAGUGGUGCUGGGCCUGCCGUACGACACACAAAUAGACAUGUGGAGCUUCGGCUGCAUACUCUGUGAGUUGUACAUGGGAAGAAUACUCUUCCCGAGCGACAACAGCGCGACUCUGGUGGCGUCAAUGGUGAGUCUGCUGGGAGUGCCGCCAGUGUACAUGCUCCAGCACAAAAUGAACAGCAUGUUCAUAAUACUGCCAAACGGAAACAUAGCAGAUCUGAACGUGCCGAAGCACAUCCUGAGUAAGUCGCCGUACUACAGCAAGCUGGACAGGUCGUCGCUAUACUGCAACAUAUCGGCGAGCGACUCCUCGAAGUGCUCGCACGUGACCUACAACAAGUGGGACAACGCGACAGUGAACAUGGAGCCAACAGUGGACGAUAACUCUAGCGGCCUGGACGAAGGAAGCGAUUACAACCUGACGGAGAGAGACCUGAGUAAGCUGAACGCAAACACGUUCGGAGACAAGAGCAUCAAGAUAUCAAACUACUACGACAACGCAAGGUACGAAGAAAACUACAGAGACGACCUGGACUGUAAAAUAAAGCUGGACAUAAUACACAACAGAAACGGACCAGCAAAGUUUAUGAGAAUAAUACACCCGAGCACGUCGUCAAUAGACACAAUGCUGGAAGUGGAAAAAAAUACGGAACUGGGCGAAUUUGCAGAUUUCAUCAAGGGGCUGCUGCAAUACGACCCAAUUGACAGGCUGACAGCAUCAGCAGCAUUACAGCACCCGUUCAUUCAGUCAAGAGAAAGAAAAGUAAACUAA